AGAAAAUGGAUUAAGUAUUUUAAAAAUAACUUUUGGGUAUUUCGCAUUUAGAUAUUAUUUUUAGUGCUCGGUUCCCUCCUCGGUUCGAGUAGAACUAUAACACGCACAUACCUCUCUAAAUACGUGUAUUCAUAAUAUAAAAUUUCUAAAACAUCAUAUAACAUAAAAAGGCAUUUGUACACUUUCACGGUCACCUGGUUUUUUGGCUGUCAAAAAUCGAAAAAUGCAUGAUUUUCAUGAUUUUUUUUUAAAUGUUCGUUUUUACGGCCGAAGGCCGCCAGUGCGGAAAGAAAUUCGUUGAAAAAAAAACGUUUUUUAGCUAUUUUUAGCGGGUUUAUUUCUGGCAUCCCGCCUUUUUUGAUAUCCGCUGUUCAGAAUUCCCUAAUCUUAAUAAUCAGGGAAAGAGAAUGAUAGAAAAAUUAGGGAAAAUAAGAAAGCCUCGCAUCAUGUCAUCCUUGUCUUUUGCUAUAUUACGUAAAUAUAAAGAAAAUAAUGUUAUCAUUUUUAUUAGAAUUCAUUUAUGUAUACAUUAUUACAUUUAAUACCGCUAAAUGUUAUUAAAAAUUGAAAUUAAAUAUUUUCGAGUGUAUUAAUUUUCUCCUUAUUCACAAUUUUCCGAAAUAUUUCUAUAAUUUUAUACAUACAUAUAUGCAUAUAAAUAGGUAACGAAAUUAAAAUUUCCUAACAUAGCGUGUAUAUUCAUUUGAAACCGAGCGCUAGCAACCAUGAAAAGAAUUUGAAUAUGAAAAGGAAUGCUAAAAAGGGUAGCAGCGAACUGUUACAAACAAGAACACAAAGCGUGCAGCACGGUCCGUUCGACUUUCCUCAUCGUCAAAAAAACCAAUUUGAGCGACAAAAGAGUCCAUGUGUAAGCUGGGACAUGGCAAAUUUUUUCACCCCAUCUCAACACAGAGAAAAAUGUUACCGUUUGUCUCACAGCCUUAUUGGUAUUUUAUUGUUGGACAUUGCCAUGUUUAUUUAAGAUGACAUUAGAUUUAUGCGAACAGUGGCAACACUACUGGUAAAAUUUGAGAACAGCUGCUUGCUGUCUGUGCCAUUUGCCAAAGGAACCGACCGACCACCAAAAAUAUAGGAAACAAAUGUCGACUCUCAGAAAGAACUAUAAAUUAUUAAUACCAUAAUUGGAAACAUUUGUCUUGGCUUGCCCACCGGAAAAAUUAAACAAGCUAUAAAUUAUAUAUUGUGAGCUGCAUUUGAAAUGAAAUGAAAUUGUCUUGGCUUAAUCAAGUGUUCGAAUUGAUUAGUGCGAGUACAUUGCAAUUGUACGAGGAUAGCGGUCGGUUCCUGCAUCAGUUUGUUGGCAACCAGACGCAAGCGUUGAUUUUGUUACAAGAAACGUGGCGUGCUAACGUUCUGCACUGGGCGACUCUAUCGUAUCGGCGCUUCAGUUCGACAGCAAUCGAAGCCCUGGAGCAUAUUAUUUACGCGUGUCUGGUGUACUUUCUAGUAUGCCUGGGCAUUUUUUACACAACACGCAGCAACAGCCCACUGUGGCGUUGGUGCAAGCUGGUCAACAAUGUGCGCUUUCCGAGGCAACACAAAUUGGAUCGGCUUUUACUGGUGACUUCACAUCCGGACGAUGAAUGCAUGUUCUUUGGCCCACUAAUCUACACAUUAACACAUCGUUCCAGCUGCCAAGUGUACGUGUUAUGUCUGUCCAACGGUAAUUAUGAGAAACAAGCGCAAUUACGACGUGAAGAAUUAUGGCGUUCAUGUGAAAUGCUGGGCGUUCCAGCAGCGAAUAUUAUAAUGGUUAACGCAACAAACCUGCCAGAUGACCCUAAUGUUGAAUGGAAAGCACCAGUUGUUGCUAAUUUAAUACUGCACACUGUUGAAAGUCUCGAUAUUCAAGCGAUCUGUACAUUUGACCGGGAUGGUGUGAGCCAACAUCCCAAUCACAGUGCAGUAUAUUUCGCGGCAGCGUCACUCUGUUUAGCUAAUUUAUUACCAAAAGAAUGCAAAUUUUAUACACUGGACUCCAUAAAUAUUUUAAGAAAAUAUAUUUCAAUUUUCGAUUUGCUUUGUACAUGUUGCAUUUCGUCAUACUGGUGUAUAUUGGGAUGGGAUGAGGCUGCACAAAUACGUCGCGCUAUGCGUGAGCAUAAAUCCCAAAUGAAAUGGUUCCGCUGGUUGUAUAUUUACUUUUCACGUUAUAUGUUCAUAAAUUCUUUGCGUGAGGUGAAUCUUUCGGACAUCGAAUUGGAGAUGCAAAUUGACGAUAAUACAUUUUGAUUUGCAUCAACUUACAUUAGCUUUAAACAAUGCCGCAGUCAGUCAGCUAGCCAGCCAGCUAAUAGUAAAAACUGAAUUAAAUCUAAAAAUAAAAUCAGACAAACCAGACGUACCACGUUGUAAUAAAUUCUAUGUAUGAGUAUGUGUAGCAGCAAACACCGAAAAUACACCAACAACACAAAACAUAAAAGACAUACAACAGACAACAGAUAGCGCCAACUACAACAACAAUAAAAACCCAAAUAAAAAAGCUUACAUUACAAGAACUAUAUACACAUUUAUGAAACUGUUUAACGGUAUGCUGCCCAUGCCGGCUGAAAGCAAAACCCGCAAAACGUUAAAUUAUGUAAACAAAAAUAAUUAUUACGUGCAAUAGCUGACCGGUGCAAUAAUGCAUUAAAUGUCUAACUGCAAUAAUGAUUUUGGUGCUGCUACAACAAUGGCAAUAAUAAUGAUGAUAAUGAAGUUUAGUGACGAUAGUGUUGUCGGCAGAGUGCCACGAAUGUUCAGUAUCUGGCGCCGAAAACUUUUAAAAACAGAAAACCAAAACCAAGGGCAACAAAGGGAAUGUGAAGUCAUUUGACGGCGUGUAAAACGCUUUUGCCAACAAUAAGAACAAAUUCAACAGCAACAUUUGAACCUCUACAUACAAUUCGUACAUCUAAACAAUGUAAUAUAUGCGUGUAAAUUUUAAGUAUUGGGCACAUAAAAAGCCUAAAGCACAUAUCUGAACCCAUUUUGAUUUGGUGUUCCCCACUUAAGUUGCUUUUCGUCGUGGAUUAUUUAUGCACUCUUAGUAAAUCUAAUUAGUUUUUGCAAAUGGAGAAUUUUUAUUCUCGGUAAUUGUGAUUAUGAGAUGUUAAUAAUGGCGUUAAGUUUAGUGUAGUAAAUGAACGCCGAUCGGUGUAGCGUGGUAGUUAUUAUUUUAUUCGUAUAAUUCGAUGAGCAAAGCCAGUUUUUCACACAAUAAUAAUUAUAAUAUCAUAGCACGUGCAUACGUAAAUUUUUACACAAAUUGUGUAUGUAUUUUUACCUAAUUCUAUAAUCUAUAAUUUUUAGCUUAAGACAGUGAAUAGACUUUGACUUUCCUAGAUUUCAGUUAAUUUGUUUAAAGCUAAAUUAAGUUGGAAAUAUAUUUUUAUUUGUUUGUAUGUCUGUACAUAACGUAAUACAUAAAACACAUAGUUGUAACAACAGCGAAGCAUAUACAUACCAUAAAAAUAUAUAGAUAUUACAUAUAUACAUUAUAUAUUAUAUAGUGUGUAUAUUCAUUAAAUAUAUUUCUUAAAGUUUGUAAAUUUUUUUGUUAAUUUCGUUAUUGUUAUAUGAUAUCGUCGUACUUCUCACAUAUAGCACGAAUAUACACAGCGAAGCAAUAUAUUUAAUUAAUUUCCUUUGCAUUAAAUUAAGCACUGAUAAAGCUUUUUGCAAUGCCAAAACUUUUAAUAAAAAGAUUUGCCUAUAAUAAUUUAAGAUUUGUUUGUGCCGAAUAAAAUCAAAAUCUAAUGAAUCACUUGAAUACUGUAAAAUAAAUAAUACCAAAACAAUUUUAAUUUAUAAAAACAAUGUGUGCAAAACUCGA